GAACCGGAUGGAUUUGUUUAUUUAUUUGUUGUGUUCGUUUUGUCAAUGUCAUCCUUAUUGGUUAAGAGGCUUCUUGGAUUUUUCCUAAUUUUAACUGUUUUGACCGUCCUGUAUGUAUUGCGAUAUGAAAGACCCGAUGAAACUGCUUUUUUGCAUAAUGAAAGGCGAUCCCCAAUUAUUAGUGUGGCGGCUGUGGUGUGCGGGCAGCGAGUGGAUGAGGCGUUGACUAUGAUAAAAUCUGUUUUAAUAUUCAACAUUCCAAAGUACCCUUUGAAAAUCAUUUUGGUGGCAGAGGAAAGCCUGAAGCGAAGGUUGCACGAGACGCUUUCAGUGUGGCGGCAGACAUGCAGGGACUGCUUUACAUUCCAAGUGCACUCUCUAAGUUUUCCGGUAGAGAAGGCGGAAACUUGGAAAACGCUCUUUAAGCCAUGUGCAGCGCAGCGACUAUUUCUUCCAACAUUACUUCACGACGAAGAUUCUAUUUUAUAUUUAGACACUGACACUUUACUUUUGUCGCCGGUAUCUGAAGUCUGGGAACAUUUUACUAAAUUCAAUUCGUCGCAACUCGCAGCUCUGACCCCCGAACAUGAAGAUAAGAAUGUUGGCUGGUACAAUCGAUUCGCCCGGCAUCCUUUUUAUGGCCCUAUGGGCGUAAACUCAGGAGUUAUGCUAAUGAACCUUACUCGCAUGCGUAGUUUUAAAUGGGAGGAACAAAUUCUACCCUUAUAUACAGAAUAUAGACUGAAAAUUACGUGGGGCGAUCAGGAUUUGAUAAACAUCCUAUUUUUCUAUCAUCCAGAUAAGCUCUACAUUAUGCCUUGCCAGUAUAAUUAUCGACCUGAUCACUGCAUGUACUUGAGCGUGUGCAAUGCUUCUGACGGCAUUCGGAUACUGCAUGGAAACAGAGGGUAUUUUCACUCGAAUAAGCAACCUAUUUUCAACAUAAUAUUCAAAGCAAUUGAAUCAUACAAGUUGGAGGAUAAUUCUUAUGAAAAUUUGAUAUUACCUUUGGAAAAAGAAAUUCUCAUUAACGAUUCUAUACUGACAUCGAAUUGUGGUAAAGUAUCAAAACAAUUUUUAAUCCGAGCCAAGUCUACUCUUGUUCAGAGUAGCAAGUACAAUUAGUGUUUCCAAUAAACAAAAAGAAAUUCUAUUAAUUAGGUGUAAAGAGAUAACAAUUUGUUGCUGUGCAAAAGUGUCCUUAUUGUAUUUUAGUAUCUUACUUGUAACGUCUAAGAGAAAAGUUCUCGAAUAUAACCUUAGGUCCAAAUUUUAAUUUAAGAACUAUAUCUAAAAAUAAAUAGACGAAUUGUAGUGAA